AAAAUGCCAUUUCACAACUCAGCCAAGACGAACUCGCCAGACGCCUAUGGCCACCAAAACCUACGGCGAUUUCUCCGCUUUUAUAAUCCCCGAGUCAACUCCUCUACUGGAUCUUCACCUUUCGCUUAGUGACCAUCGAUUCACCUCGAGACGGGCUAUUAAGAAUUGAGCAGCCAUGGGCGAUAAUAUGGUUAAUUUAACUGCUGAUGGAGGUGUCAUCAAGCAAAUCAUAAGGCGAGCUAAGGCUGAUGCUCUUAGUCCUACAGAGGACCUUCCUCUUGUGGAUGUUCAUUACGAAGGCACCCUUGCUGAAACUGGUCAAGUUUUUGAUACUACACAUGAAGAUAAUUCUGUGUUCUCUUUCGAGCUUGGAAAGGGAUCAGUCAUUCAGGCUUGGGACAUUGCAUUGAGAACCAUGAAGAUCGGGGAGGUAGCAAAAAUAAUUUGCAAGCCCGAGUAUGCCUAUGGUAGUGCAGGAUCUCCUCCAGAUAUCCCACCCAAUGCGACCCUUAUUUUUGAGGUGGAACUACUGGCCUGCAGGCCAAGAAAGGGAUCUAAUCUGGGCACUGUAUCAGAGGAAAGAGCUCGCCUAGAAGAGCUGAAGAGGCAGAGAGAGCUCGCAGCUGCUGGCAAAGAGGAAGAGAAGAGGAAGAGAGAAGAAGCCAAAGCUGCUGCUGCCGCCCGUAUACAAGCCAAGUUGGAAGCCAAGAAGGGUCAAGGAAAGGGAAAGGGCAAAGCAAAAUAGGGCCAUCUCCCAUUCUCAUUCACAAGAGGGUUAGAUAUGAUUAUUCAAUGGAUUUAUCAAAGUGCAAUAUGAAGCGUGAUAGUUAAAAUGAUGGAAUAAUUUUAGUCAUAAACCCAUGACCAUGAAAACCAUUUAUCUCUAUGGAUAAACUAACGGAAUUGUUUUCUUUAA